UAUUGAGGGUAGGGUAUGUCAUUUACGCUUAUUUGUGUGAAACCUGUUACAGUGAUGUAGGACAUUUCCAUUUCGAUGGCAGGCGUAAACUUUUUCCUACUGUAACUUCCAGGUAUAAAUACAGACUGGAUUCUGGCAAACACACAUUUCACGCAUCUGUUCCCUCUCUCACACGUUGCUUGUGACAUUUUCAGCAUCUCAUCCUCUUAAGAACAGGAAGACAGAAAGCGAGCAGGAGAUACGGAAGGUGGAAGGCCCAGGGAUGCCACAGACUGAGAGUGAGAGGUUGAAGAGUGGGCGACUGAACAGUGGGCAACAUCAGCAGCAGCAAGAGCGGCGGAGUGAACAGGGAGAGGAGCCAGACGCACGUACCCAGCCCAAAGAUUCUGCCUCACCUCAGCUCUGUGCUCGUACCUCUGUUACGCAGAUGGGCUUCCCAUUGAUGAUUAGACCUGGAGUUUCACUUAUGGCCUCGUCUCAGCUCCAAAGCAUAUUGUUACGGCAGUGUUCCAGUGAGGAGGAGGGGAGACCGCUCCUGCAACGGGUGUCUCUGUGCCCCCAGUUGAGCCAGCACAGACCCUCUGUUCUACGCCAGGGUGUCCAGGCUGCCCACGUGCGACCGCAGGCACCAUGCACUCUAACAGAGGCCAGUUCAGCUCAGCCCAUCUCACUGUGCAAGGUGGAGGUGGACACAGGGAGCCGUGGACAGUCCUCUCCCCCACACUCUGAGCACUCUCCUGGGCCAACUCAUCACCCCUCUCCCCCGAGGACAGCCAGUCCUAAGCAGAGCUCCAUCAUCACCAGGCAACAUGAGGCAGGUCACCCAACCCUAGAGGGGUCCAGUGCUCUGUUUCUCAAUGGACUCUGCUGUUGGCCUGGCUGCGAUGCAGUAUUUGAAGAAUUCCCCAGUUUUUUGAAACACCUCCACUCUGACCAUGGCCAUGGAGACAGAAGCAUUGCACAGUGGAAGGUACAACAAGACAUGGUGCAAUACAUGGAGACCCAGCUGACUGUGGAAAAACAGAAACUCUUCGCAAUGCAACUACAUCUGCACCUAUCUGGACACAAAUCAACUGUCUUGAAGGCAGCUUCAGACUGGCCCUACAGGUACAGCCUGUCACUAGGCCUGCCCCAGAACCGAGGUGGAGUGUCACGCUGCACCACUAAAGAGCCAGAGGAGUUGGUGCAGCACGAGUAUUGGCCCUCUGCUGCUCCCCACCACCUACGGCCAGAUCUUAUCCCGAGUGUAGAGUGUUACAAAUACAACAACAUUAGGCCACUGUACACCUACGCCUGCAUGAUAAGAUGGUCUAUACUGGAGUCUCCAGACAAGCAGCGCUCCCUGAAUGACAUCUACAACUGGUUCACCACCAUGUUCUUCUACUUCCGACACAACACGGCCACAUGGAAGAACGCUGUCCGUCACAAUCUUAGCCUCCACAAGUGUUUUGUGCGAGUGGAGGGAGGCAAGGGGGCCGUCUGGACAGUGGAUGAAAUGGAAUAUCAAAGGAGAAAGGGCCAAAAAUACCACAGGGAUCAUCAUGUGAAAUGGCUGGCACCCUACUCCUUAUUUCGUCCAGAGGAACCUUGAACAUAGCCACUCCUUCAGUGAAUGAAAAACUACUGGAAAAGGAAGUCACUAGGACCUAUUACUGAAUCAGGUAUUUUUUUAACAAGGCUGGAGAAAAAGCCCUCCAGGAGGGUUGACCUGUCCUGGUCUACAGUAUCUACAGAACCUAUCAUCACCUUCUUUGUUCAGCAGCAGAUGGUGCUACAACAUAGCACAGCCCAGGACUCUUUUGCCUCUAGACUCUUUUAUCAUGAAGAUGUGUGCACGGCUGGAAUGGCUAUACGUUUUGCAGCAUUUGAAAGAAAAAUAUAUACUUAGCAAUUAUUUGUCAAUCAAACUUAGUGAAAGGGUAAACAAUUAUUUUGUUGUGUUGGCUACAUACAGUAUACUCUAUCCCACUGGGCUCAUCAUUGUAAACUGUUGUUUUGAGGGUGGAAUUUCAACCAUAGGAUUAGUUCAACAUUUUAAUUCAUUUUCAACAUAGACAAAAUUGUAUGAAAUAUAAUUAAUUUGUACCUUUGAAAUAAUGUCAGAUCAUCACUCAAUAAGUUAGCCAACAAACUUCUGGCUGAUUUAUUGAGUGGGUGAAUAAAGGUUGAAAUCGCAUUGAUCAACGUUUCUACCACAUAUUACCCAAAUGCCCACGUUGAAAUGAAAUUGUGUGCCCAGUGGGAUGUUACAGCAAGC